GUAUGUCACUACCAGUAUCUAACAUAUAAAACCAACACGUGAACACGAAUCCAUCCGUGACAGUACAAACAAUCCUGAUUUAUGACGACACUGAAUGUUGUCAGUUGUCAUAAACUGACCGCUCGACUGUGUAAACGGUAGGUCCGAACUUGGUCAAGCUCACCUCUGCACCCACAUCUCCACGGAAGGUAGUGCAUCCAAAUGGCUGAGUUCACACAUUUCACCAAGUCUUCAUGCGAAACAGACGAAAACGACCGAGAAGAAUGCCAUCUCGAGCUUCAUCAUUCUUCAUCCGAUGUAGGUGGAUUAUGUGGAAGUGGCCCAAGAGUCUCGAACGGAAUCUCCACAUUUAAGAAGUCAGAAAAGGGCCGCUACAUCGGUCUGGAGUAUGGAGUUGAUGAUUUGCCUUCAGUGCAUAUGUGUUUUAUUUUCGGCCUCCAGCAAGUACUUCUAUCUAUCAGUUCCACCAUCUCUAUCCCGCUGAUCGUGAGCGACAAAAUCUGUGCCGGGGACCUACAGGUGGUCAAGUCGGAGAUCAUGUCCACCUUUCUCUUUAUGUGUGGUGUGUGUACCAUACUUCAGGUGGUUGUAGGUGUCAGACUCCCCAUCAUACAGGGAGGAUGUCACAAGUUCAUUCCCGCCAUCACUGCCCUACUAGCCAUUGAGAAAUGGAGGUGCCCGGAUAUUGACACGACAGCUGCUGAGAUUUUCGACACGAGUAAUGCUACCUUCAACGGUACUGUUCUGGAUAGAACGGAAAUUUGGCAGUUGCGGAUAAGGGAGAUACAGGGCGGUAUCAUGCUUGCAUCUGUAACGCAGGUUUUGAUUGGCUGUACUGGACUGUUGGGGGUCCUUUUAAAUUAUAUCGGACCAAUCACAAUCGUCCCUACUAUAACCCUGGUCGGUUUGUCAUUGAUUGAUGUGGCUAUCCGGUUCUGUGAGAAACAGUGGGGGAUAUCAGCACUAACAAUCGUCCUGGUCUUCAUAUUUUCCCUUUAUCUACGUAACAUUUCCAUCCCGACGCCAUCAUGGACCCGGAAAAAGGGUUGCCAUGUCAUUAAGUUUCCUUAUUUCAAGCUACUUCCGGUUUUGCUAGCCGUAGGACUGUCCUGGAGUGUGUGUGCAAUCUUAACGGAAACGGAAGUAUUUUCAUCCAACAGCUCACUUCCGGAAUACUGGGCAAGGACUGACGCUAGAACCGACGUGCUUUAUUCGACAGAGUGGCUAUUUUUUCCAUAUCCCUGUCAGUGGGGACUGCCGACUGUAAGUAUCGCAAGCUUCAUGGCCAUGUUGGCAGCUACGUUGACGUCUAUCAUUGAAUCUGUGGGGGACUACUACGCAUGCGCCAGAGUGUCAGGAGCCACUCCCCCUCCGGCGCACGCAAUAAACCGCGGAAUCGCCAUUGAAGGGUUCGGAAGCAUCUUGUCUGGGUUGGUUGGUUCUGGUGGGGCGACGACAUCCUACAGUCAGAAUGUAGGAGCCAUCGGUUUCACGAAGGUCGCCAGCCGUGGAGCGUUCGUGGCCGCCGGACUCAUUUUCCUCAUUUGUGGCGUGCUCGGAAAAUUUGGUGCGGUCCUAGUGAUGCUUCCUGAUCCGGUUUUGGGUGGCAUAGUGGUCAUCAGUUUCGGAAUGGUGACGUCAGUGGGACUAUCUAAUUUACAGUUCGUGGACUUGUCAUCUGGCCGGAAUUUAUGUAUCAUUGGGUCGUCAUUGCUGAUUGGACUAAUGGCGCCCAAAUACCUGAAUGACAACCCAGGGGUUAUUAACACAGGAGUAGGCGAACUGGACCAGGCCCUUGUGGUGUUGUUGAGUACAGCGAUGUUUGUUGGGGGCAUGCUGGCGUUUAUCCUUGACAAUACAGUCCCAGGGACGGACGAAGAAAGAGGAAUACUGCUUUGGCGAAAUAAACUUUCGUCUACAAAUGUUGACGACAAUGAGGAUAGUGAGUUUAGAGCGGAGUCGGCUGUCAGUUCACUGUCUAUUUACGAUCUGCCACUUAUAACACCUCUCCUUCACAGAAACAAAUGGUGUAGAUAUGUGCCAUUCUUGCCUACGUUUGAAUAUGACAGUUUGUCACAAACCACGUGUUGCAGGGAUAAUGGAGUUUCCUCAGAUCAACAGUAUUCAGUAAAGCCAAACGAAAAUGGUAACAACGAUUGCUAAAACUCUGUGAUAUUUAUAUACAAUGUCUACAUUCCCGUUUGUUGAGCAUUGGUUAUUUGUAUACAUAUUUGUGAUGUAUAUCUUAGUUCAUUUCCAUAACUAUUUCUCAUCUGUACCUUCAUGCCUGUAAUGAUAUAUGAUGUAAUUAAUUGAGCUCAAUAUAUUCACUAUUGAUAAUGGUAGUAUACAACUUUGCAUAUUUGCUAUACAAAGUAAUCUCAAUUUAGUAGUUGUUAACUGCGCAUGCCCGGAAACCGGCUGUGAUUUUGGAGAUGGCGGUGAAAUAAAACACCUUACAUUGAAUGUUUGA